UUCACCCCAAUCCCUCGGAGUCCCCCGCGGACAGCCAGGCCCAUGGCCGGGGUCAGCUACUCCGCGCCCUGGUGGGUGAAUCUUUUGCACCGGCUGCCCCAUUUCAACCUGCAGUGGGAGGCGACGAGCAGCCAGUUCCGGCCCGAGGACACGGAAUACCAGCAGGCGCUGUUACUGCUAGGUAGUGUAGCUCUAUCUUGCCUGGCUCUGGACCUCCUCUUCCUCCUCUUCUACUCCUUCUGGCUGUGUUGCCGCCAUCGGAAAAGUGAGGAACAUCUGGAUGCCGAUUGCUGUUGUACGGCCUGGUGUGUCAUCAUCGCUACUCUGGUCUGCAGUGCUGGCAUCGCUGUGGGAUUCUACGGCAAUGGGGAGACCAGCGAUGGCAUUCACCGGGUCACAUACUCACUUCGCCAUGCAAACCGAACUGUGGCUGGAGUCCAGGACCGGGUGACAGACACCACAAUGGCCCUCAAUCAGACAGUGGAGACCAGCCUUCAGACCCUGGAGAAACUCUACACGAAACAUACUGAUUACCUGCACAUUGUCCAGAAACUCCAGGGCCUUCUGUAUGACUUGGUUCGGCAAACCGCUGAGAUCCCCUUCUGGAAGAAUAAUGCGGUAUCACUGGAAGAGUUGGCGGUCCAGGUUGACCUCUAUGAUUGGUACAGAUGGCUGGGGUAUCUGGGCCUCCUCCUUUUUGAUGUCUUGAUCUGUUUGCUUGUGCUCUUUGGACUCAUCCGGAACUCCAAGGCCAUCCUAGUAGGGUAUGUUCUUAAGGCAAAGAGAAAACCAGCUAACCAGGCUGCCCUGGGGCUCGGGAGCCUCCGGCAUGCCCCAAGCCUGCUUUCAUCAGCAGAGAUGCCCUUGCGACUGAGCCGGACCCUGUCUCUGUGUCCCGGUUUCCUGUUGCAAAAUCAACACAAAGAGAUCCUUCACUAUUACCUGGAUUGUUCUGCUGGAUACAUAAAUCCCUUUCAGCAGAAGCUGUCUGGGAGUCACAAAGCCCUGGUGGAAAUGCAGGAUGAUGUUUUGGAGCUCUUGAGGUCCUCCCUUAGAGAAUAUCCCACCUCCAAGGAUUACCUGAUACGCAUCCAGGAAGUUCUGAAUUCUACGGAGAUCAAUCUACAGCAUCUGACCGCCUUGGUGGAUUGCCGUAGCCUGCAUCUGGAUUAUGUCCAGGCUCUGACUGGCUUCUGCUAUGAUGGAGUAGAGGGUCUCAUCUACCUGGUGCUUUUUUCUUUCGUCACGGCCCUCAUGUUCAGCUCUAUCGUGUGCAGUGUUCCUCAUACCUGGCAGCAGAAAAGGGCUGCUGAUGACGACGGUGAGGAAGAGUCCGCAGCUCCAGGAACCAGGCAGACCCAUGACAACCUCUAUCGAGUACACAUGCCCAGUCUGUACAGCUGUGGGAGCAGCUAUGGGAGUGAGACCAGCAUCCCUGCGGCAGCACACACAGUCAGCAAUGCCCCUGUCACAGAGUAUAUGAGCCAGAAUGCGAACUUCCAGAACCCUCGAUGUGAGAACACCCCUCUGAUUGGCCGAGAAUCCCCACCACCUUCAUACACCUCCAGCAUGAGAGCCAAAUACCUCGCUACCAACCAACCUCGCCCUGACUCCAGCAGCGGGCAUUAGACACCGAUCGCAAAUGUGCCAACUGCCACCCUGCCCCCUGUGCUCCCUUGCCAAACCACUCUGCUUCCCUCCCUCCACUCCUCCUGAUGCUGGCUCUGUACCUCCUGCUUCUGCUGUUCCCAGCAUCUGGCCACUGGGACCCUGAGAGGCCAAGGACCACCGGGGAGUGAGCCCAGAGAGAGGGCAGGGGCUCCUGGGGCAGCUUAAGGACUCACCUUCCAGCCUACACGAGCUGCUGCACAGGCCGAGGGCCCAGGUUCAUGUGCUUCUUCCAUAAGCCAAAUGGGAAUAUUAACAAAUCAGUUUCCUACUCUUCCUCUGCCUCAUCCACCUCUGUCCCUUCUACAGAAGGAAAAGAUGCUUUGGAGGUCUGGGCUCUGGAGUGAUUCCUAACGGUGCUUCUCUCAUUCAUUCUGGACCAGCUUCAAGUCAUGAGGGCUUUGAGUCCAGGGUGUCCUUGUCCUGGUCAGGAAAACAGUCUCCUAUGCGCCCUUUUCUGACCCACACACCUAGGUAUCGACCCAGAUGUACACAUGCCACAUGGAUCCAGACAUACACUCAUGCUGACCCAGACACCCUCACUUUGACCUAAAUGGAGACCCUUAUGCUGACCCAGAUAUAGGCUCACUUUGACAUGUAUUUUUUGCCAUCAAAUUUAAGUACCCCCAUGUACACACACACACACACACACA